UGGAGUUAAUAAUGAGAAGUGUAUAAUCUGGAGAGCACAGUGUUUAGCAGGAGGAAACAGCCUGAAGACACGAGCAUCGGGGAUAGAGGAGGCAACCAUCUCAUCUGACUGGUUUCCCCAUCAAAGCAGCGCCGGGUUUCAUUUUUCUUAGUGUGGCUUUGUUUGUUUGACGUGAUUUUGCCUUUUUCGCGAGAGGCAGUUAACGGUGAUUUUUUUUCCCCAAAAAGGAUUUAUACAUUUAUAUCAAUAAAAUAAAACAAAAGAAGAAAACAGCAGGACUGAGGAGGGAGUAUCGUUAUAUGUUCAAAUUGCUUCUUGUGCGUGCUGGAUUGGAUUGAUUUCACAGACAUCAGACUAUGCUCUUAAAAUCGAAAAAAUUCUCCGGUGGUAAAGUAAAUAAAUAAUAUAUAUGUAUUUUUUAUUUUGAUGCAUUGCCCUGAAAUGAUUAUAUUUAUAGAUACUGUGUUUUGUGAAGGAAUAUUUACACCAGCGUGAAGGACAGUUUUUUCUUAGCCUCUUUUUUUUUACCCACCAGUGACGGCAGUUUUCCUUGCAAUUUAAAAGUUUGGGCUGAGAAGGAACAUACUUUGAUAAUGAAGAGAACAAUCAUGAGACCAAUAUGAAUACAGCUUUUCCUGUUAAAUAUUUGGAUAUGACUACAUUUUGAACAUUGUCCAUUUUUCUUUUUGAAAUCUGAUACAGGCUAUUUUAUUUUUUGUUAGUUAAUGCACAAACCGUUUUGGACCUUCCAGUGAUCAUCCCUUUUCAGCUUCUACGUCUUUUGGCAGUUAUCCUGUGUUAAGGUUGUGUAGCUGGAGGGUUGGCUAGCCCACCUCUAACAUAUUUGAAAAUAAUCUGUAAUCCAAGAAGUGGGAUGUCAAUUGAAGCAAUCAUGGCCCUGCCAGAUAAUGCUAGUUGUACCCUGCCAGGAGAGGAGCCCCCUUUUCCAGAAAUCAUUGAGCUCAAUGUGGGUGGACAGGUGUACAUCACCCGUUACGCCACUGUCACCAGUGUUCCUGACUCCCUACUCUGGGAGAUGUUUAGCCGAAAAAACAUCAAGACUCUGGCCAGGGACACCAAGGGCCGUUUUUUCGUGGACAGAGACGGGUUCUUGUUCCGCUACAUUUUGGAUUACAUGCGAGACCAGCAGCUGGUGCUCCCAGAUCAUUUCCCUGAGCGCAGCCGGCUGCAGAGGGAGGCAGAGUACUUUAACCUGCCUGAGCUGGUCAAACUGCUCACCCCAAAGAUAAGCAAACAAAACUCCAUCGGUGAUGACGCAUGCCAGAGUGACCCAGAAGAGUCAUCACCCAAUGCAGACACAGCCAGGAACAUCGCCUCACUAGGUGCCAUAGCAUGCGCUAGCAUCACCCAAGGUCCCGGCUCUGAAUCGCGCCGCGCUGGCUUUAUCACCAUCGGUUACCGUGGCUCCUACACCCUGGGCCGUGACAGCCAAACUGAUGCCAAAUUCAGAAGGGUGGCCCGAAUUAUGGUCUGCGGCAAGACCUCCCUGGCUAAAGAAGUGUUUGGUGACACCCUGAAUGAAAGUCGGGACCCAGACCGCCCCCCUGAGAGGUACACUUCCCGCUACUACCUGAAGUUCACCUUCCUGGAACAAGCCUUCGAUAAGCUUGCAGAUUCCGGUUUCCACAUGGUGGCCUGCAAUUCCACAGGCACCUGCGCUUUCGCCCAUGACCAAACAGAUGACAAAAUCUGGACCAGUUACACGGAAUAUGUUUUCUACCGUAAAGAUGCUUCUUGGCAAGAUCUGGAGUUCAGCAACCAACCACUCAAGCUGACAGGAGGGAAGCUGGCCUCCAAUGUCUCGCUGGGUGUCAGGGAGCAGCAGGACCAACUGGGUGACAUGCAGAAGUGCUUAGACACUGGCACAGCCAGCUGUAACGACCUGACUGCCUCCAGCCCGGGUAGCCAAGCAGAGACCAACACAGUGCUGGAUAUUCGGAAUGGCUUCUUAGUGGUUACACCACCACCUCCAGAGCCUGAGGACAUGGGGACCUUGGUAAGCUAUGACAUGAAGGACAGCCAGGAGCUGCCACCCCCUCCCCUGCCUACACCACCUCCUACCCAGGAUGCCUCACUAGCAGGUCCAACACACCAGCCUGGGAACCGAAAGCAAGAGCCGUCUUCCCAUGGCACCCCAACGCGACCCACAACUCUCCGGCUUGACCAGCCGCCCAGAAAGGUGGAGGCAGUGGAAAUACCCUGCCAGCAGUUACCCAGCCAGCAGACACCCAGCGGGCAGUCACAGGCCUGUGAAAAUAGGGCUGCUCCCAAGGACCCUGAGGCUGAGGAGAAGAAGGAAAUGGAGGAGCAGCUGAAAAAGUGCAUCGAGGAUUUCAGGAGGAUCAAAAUUCCUCCAAUCUUCCCAGACCGCAAACGCCACUGGCAGAACGAUCUUCUUAAGAAAUACAAUGCAUAGGAAAACAGGAUACUCACUGGCAACAGUGUUGAAAGCAAUCUGUAACUACAACCAUAUAAACUGAAAUAGAGCUUCAUUUAAAGUUUGCAGAUGAAACAUGGGGUGAUGUUUAAGGAGACACAAGGGAUGAACUGCAAAAUUAGAAAUAACAGCCAUUCGUGACACACACUUUGUGUAAAAAAAUGGACUGCUCCUUCUAUCACUUAUGAAUUUGUUAUGCAAAUAGAAUCCCUGACAUUAUAUAUACAACAAUGUCGUUUGAAAUUAGUUUUAGUCACCAUGAGCAAGACAGCAGGUCUGACAGACUUUGACAGAGGGCAGGCAGGUGCUUCUGUGUCCAAGAUAGCGCAAAUGACUGAUGUUUCACAAAGAACAGUCUCAAAUGUGAUGACUGUAGGACGUUUUGAAGACCAGACUUUGCUACAAAUUGAGGAAUUACUGAGUAAUGGUAACUUUUCCUUCCAGGAGGAUUUAAACACCUUACAGACUCAUCACGUCAAAUCUGUCCAGUCCUUAUUUUAAUUUGUUUUCAUUAAUAUCUGAAAAUAUGAAACUAGACUUAUUUGCUUACCUGUACCUGUGCACCUUAUUUUGUUAUUGCAGUAUUUUCAAUAAUCUGGUAUGGUAGGGAAUGCCUUGCAAUAAAGUAGGACUGAGUACAGUGUAGGAUAUUUGUUUUUGUAUUUAUUUUUAGAUUUGUCUCAUUUGUAAAAUUAAAAUUGUAUACAAAAGCACAUUUUUGGCUUGUCUUUA